AUGAGAUAAUCGAGACUGGCGACGAGCCAGCAGCUUGCAGCAACCGGCGCACGCUGGUCCUGGCAAACCACCAGAGCACGGCAGACGUGCCCAUGCUGAUGGCAGCCUGGAACCCGCGGCCUGGCGUGCUGGCCAACCUCAUGUGGAUCAUGGAUAGAGUCUUCAAGUUCACCAACUUUGGCAUCGUCAGCGUCCUGCACAAAGACUUCUUCAUACAAGCGGGCAAGGCGAAACGAGAGCAGUCGCUUGUAGAGCUAAAGGAGCACAUACACAAGUACUACAUCCCGCUCGGCAGACAGUUCAUGGUGCUGUUUCCCGAGGGGGGCUUCCUACACAAGAGGAGGGAGGUCAGUCAGAGGUUUGCGGAGAAGAAUAAUUUACCAAAGCUAGAAUACGUGUCUUUGCCUCGCGCGGGCGCCAUGAAGAUUAUAAUGGAAGAAGUGGGACCACAGAACCCGACUGCGAGUACGUCAAAACAAGGAGACAAGAGAGAUGACGUAAACCAGAACAACACUCGGAUCAUCGACACAAAAAGCGGUGACACCAUAGAGUGGAUACUGGACGUCACCAUCGCGUACCAAGACCGCAUACCCCUCCACCUGCAGGACAUAGUCUGUGGCACUAGACCUGCAUGUCGGACGCAUCUGCAUUACAGACUGUACCCUAGCAGUGAGGUACCCACAGACUCAGAAGGCAUGACUCAGUGGCUGUACGACAGGUUCAUAGAAAAAGACAAAAUGCUAGAAGAAUUCUACCGCACGGGGCAAUUCCCUUCGAAGGGAAACAUCCCCGAAGUAGCUAGGCAAGUGAGGCAAGACAAUGUACGCUACCUGAUCUUGCAUCUAUUUUUUAUAGCGUCAACGUAUUUACAAUAUAGAAUUUUCUGUGAAUUGUGGAGCUAUCUCUGGUAACGAAUUUAAAUUUUUCUGUAAAGGUCGAAACGCACGGGCGGUAAAAUGACCGGUGGUCAAAUAGCCGUCUCUAUUGAUUAUUAUUUAGCAAUAUAAUAUUUUUAGCUGAUUUAUAAGGUUGAAAACUUAUCUGUGUAAUGCGCAAGCGAAGCGUUUUGCUCGUCACAUUAGACAUUCUAAAGUUAGGUUACUCCUUGUAUCACAGUUUCAUUGAUAUUUGACAGUUUGUAGUAAGAACGUCCUAUAAGCCGUGCAAAGCUCGUCGCUUACACGCUUUGCGUAAAACGACUUACUCUUUUAAGUCAGCUGAGAAAAAAAAUUAAAAAUACGUGGUAAUUUCAGUGUAUGGUAAAUUGAGAUGGCUAUAUGACCGUCGGCCAUUUAUCCGCCUUUGAGUUCCUAGCAUAAGGUUACUACGAGUUUUGCAAACUCAUUAGUAUCUGCGUAAAUUUUUUUGUGUGACAAAUUCUCAGAUUAUUAACCAAAUUCAAUGUUAUCACCGGCUUAGGGGGUGAACUGAAUUUCGUUCAUGUUUCUUACCCGUUGUAGUACCUGUUCCUAGAUUUACGCUAAAGUACAAAGUGGUUUAUUUGCAGCUUUAGUUGGAGGGGAAAGGGAAAUAUCAGUCUGAUAUAAUCUUUAAAAAAUGUUCGUACAUUUGUCAUUCAAAUGAAAUCGCGAGCAAAGUAUCACGGUCGGUUACAAUAGUUUUUACUUCAAUAAACCUAAAAUGUCAAUUUCUUUGCUCGUGAGUUUAUUACGCAAACAGUAGUGAGUAAACGCAUGACUCUUGAGAAACCUUUCAGUACCUAAUCGUGAGGUAUUUGUGCAGUAAAAACUCAAUGUAUACAAAUUGGGCAUAUUUUACAGAAAAAAAAAAAUAGAAUAGAUAGUAAAAAUUUUUCAUCACGUCAUCCAUGAAAAGAUUAGUUGUAAUGAUGUGUGAAUGAUUUUUUUUAAUGAUUUCCAUGUGUAGUGGAACUGUUGUAAUUAAUAAUAAUAAUUACUUUAUGUGUUCUGUGUAGAAUUAUUAUUGAUUGUAAUGACUGUAAUUUAACUUUGGCUAUCAUUAUUUUCCUUCAUGAAAACUUUAAGGACAUAAUUGAACUGUGGAUUAUAAUACCGGAAUGGUGUAAGGAUUCUAACGAUACAUCCAAAGUUCCGAGUAUUUAGAAGUACGUUUAGCUUAAGUUGUCAAAGACGCUGCAUUCGAUUCCACUCCAUUCUGCAGGUGUGUGUUACACCUAAUAACUAAUAAGUCCUGUAUUUUUCCUUUCAACAUAGUUAAACAAAAUAUUAAUUUCUUACAAGGUCUUUUACAAUCAAUAAUAGACGCAAACAGGGUUUUUUUGUGAGUGUAAAGUGUAAGUAGAAUGUUUUUGUCAAUUUGUUUAGUAAUAUCAUUAGAAUUAUAUUUUCCUUUAGUUUUAUAUGCGUAUCGUUACCUUUACCAAGUAUUGACAUAUCGGGGUGUCUCGGUGUAAUGUGCCGUACGUAGUGUAGGUACGAGAGAGUUUCCAAAGUUGUACGAUUUUUGGUAUACUUAACACAAUUUUAUUUAUUUUUUAAUAUUCACCACUUUUGGUGGAACGGGGUCAUCCAAUGUUGCGCUUUUCGUUGCGAGGUCGCAAUUUUAGCAACUUUGGGACCCCAAAACUUUGGGAUCUAUCGGUUUUUCGAACUGUGUGCUCUGCCCAUUGCCACUUCAGCUUUGCCUCCCGCUGAGCUGUGUUGGUUGACUCUAUUUCUCCUACGGAUCUAUUACAUUUCUGCUCCUACGGAUCUAUUACAUUUCUGUCUUGAUCACAGAGAGAAACUAAGCAUGGCUUUCUCCGACUCCAUUGUCCACUGAGUGACUCUGACUUCUCUUAUGAGGUCUAUAGUUAGUAACCGUGUUUCGGAUGCAUAAUAUUGUGUCCUAUUUAAUCAAUUUUAUAAGAGUACAAUUACGUUAUUGUAUAUACAUUUUAAUUUAAAAUAUGUAAAAGACAUGAUAACUGAAUUCGUAGAACUUUGGAAACUUCCCUGUAGUUGGUUUGUGUUCAAACGUAAAGCACUUGGUGUUAGUGAGAAGUGAAUACACUGUAGUGUUGUAAUCAAAGCGUGCUGUGACAUACAAGUCAAUAUGUAAGUUUUUCCUUAGCAUAGUACUUGCGCUUUAUGCUGUACCAAAUUUUCAUUCGCUGACUAUAAAAUAGUUAUCUUUAUAAGGUUUCAACUGACUUCUUUGGGAGCGCUGACUUCGCAACUAUAGGUAUUCUCAUGUUUAUCCAUACUAAUAUUAUUAACACAGAAAUUGACUGCCUUCGCGGUGGAAAUGCUUCGAUAUAAUUUGACACAGGGUUAUAGCUUGCACCCUGGAUAACAUAUUAGUAGAUAUUUUUAUUCCGAAAAUCAAAGAAUUCCCUUGAAUUAAAAAAAACUAAAUUCACGCAGAUGAUGUUGCGAACAUGGACUAUUAAAAUAUAUAUCAAACCGCUGGAUAUAAACAUUUAAAUGCACGUAGAUUCUCAUAGCAACGCAGACUAUAAGAAAGGAUUGCACGAUUGGAAGAAACUCCAACGGGAUUAUUAAAAAUCUAAAAAUAUGUGGGUGAAAUUGCCAUUAAUAGAUAUGCAGGGUUUUAUUUUGGGAGCAAAGUCUGUGAGACGAAAAUUUAAACAUUUCUCUAAGGAACCUUCGCGUCGAUUUGAAUUUAAAAUAAAAAACAAAAAAAACUGCAUUCAAAGUUAGGUAUUCAGAAAAUCCUUCCAUUUUUAAACUACGCGUCGAAUAUUAUUUUCACUUAAAUAAUUUUUCUUUGUUGAUUAUACCUUCAACCAACGUAUAUUAGGGAGUAAGACCCGCGUUGGCGCGUUAGUGCCGAGUCAGCGCUCCGUUGAGGAGCAGUCGAAAAUCACAUUUCACAUUCUAUUUAAUCACGUUCCCGCGCUUCUAAAAUAAAAUAUAAAAUCGAAUUUUACAAAGGAAACUCUCGGGGCCUCCACGCGCCUUGAAUACUAAAUUAACAUAUUGGAGUGGCGCCUCUGAACAAAUAUAAUCUGUAUUCCUGUACUUGACAGACGUCACUUUUGGCACAGAUUAAAAAUGCUUUUCUUUUAGGCUGAGAUCUGUAGAGCAAACUUUGCUCAGCUUAUGACACUGUUAAAACGAGACGGCGUUAUAUUGCUUACAUUAAUCUAUCUCGUUUUGAAUGAAACUUAAGUCUGAGCAGUGUUAAAGCACCUACGCACUAUAAGAUCUCAAGCCUUAGCGAGAUUGAUCCUUUGAUUAUAAAGUUGUCUAAUACCCGUUUUCAAUAUUCACCAACGUUGAUAGUAUUUGAGAGUUGAAACA